GUGUCCCUCGUUUGGCGCUGCGUCUGUCACGUGACCUUCAGGGCUCAAGAUGGCGGCUUCCACGGAGGUGAAAGCUCUUGUUUGAGGACAGGAAGACCAAAUGGCUGAGGGACAGGCGGUGCUGGACCUGCAUCUCUGACAAGGAGGUGAGAAAAGGAGAAGUGUGUCGUCUUCAAGGCUGCCUUCGGCGAGGUCACGCCCCACCACCCUCUCUCACUUUCUCCCCGGGUCCUGAGUGUGGAUGGAGAACGAACAGUGAGUCUCAAAUCUUUUCUGGACAUUGGGGUCACUGACAUGUGCCCCUUCCUUGGGGGCUAGGGGUGUCACCAGGCUGUCUGACGCUACGAGUACUCUAUAAGCAGCUACCGACCAGUCGCUCUUUUUUUUUUUUUUGGUAUACUUCCCUCCUCAGGUUUGGAGAGAGAGGGUUCCUCCUACCUUUUCAUCCAUGAUCCAAAUUCCCACCCCUUUGGAAGGGAAACAUAGCAGCGCUGGUCCAACCUGAGAGUAGUCGAAUGGCUGCAGCCAUGACAAGCAAAGCCAUGCUGGGGGAAGCCGCCAUUGUGUUUAUAGUGGUGCUGAGCAUCCAUGCCUCAGUAUGGGACCGCUAUUCCUGGUGUGCUGUGGCCCUGGCUGUUCAGGCCUUCUAUGUCCAGUACAAGUGGGACAGGCUACUCCAGCAGGGGGCUGCAGUUUUUCAAUUCAGGACCACAGCUAACAGCGGACUCCUGCCUGCCUCCAUGGUCAUCCCUUUGCUGGGGGUGGUGAUGAAGAAGCGCUGUGAAGGCGUAGGAAAUGUGUACUUUGAGCGCUUUGGCAUUGUGGUGGCAGCCACAGGCAUGGCAUUGGCACUUUUCCUGUCCGUAUUGGCCCUGGGCAUCACCAGACCAGUGCCCACCAACACCUGUGUCAUUUCUGGUCUGGCUGGAAGUGUCAUCAUCUACAUCAUGAAACACUCAUUGAGUGUGGCAGAGGUGAUUGAGGUCCUCGAGGUUCUGCUGAUCUUUGUUUACCUCAACAUGAUUCUGCUGUAUCUGCUACCCCGAUGCUUUACCCCAGGAGAGGCAUUGCUCAUCCUAGGGGGUAUCAGCUUUGUCCUCAACCAGCUCAUUAAGCGAUCCCUAAAUGUUAUUCAAGGCCGAGGAGACCCAGUGGACUUCUUUCUCCUGGUGGUGGUAGUAGGGAUGGUUAUCAUGGGUAUCUUCUUCAGCAUGUUCUUUGUCUUCAUGGACUCUGGAACCUGGACAUCUUCUCUUUUCUUCCAUUUAAUGACAGGUGUUCUGGGCCUUGGUGUCAUCAUGCCCUGGUUAUACCACCUAAUUCGGGAGAACCCCUUGCUCUGGCUUUUCCAAUUCCUAUUCCAGUCAGAAACUCAUAUCUACCUCCUCAUCUACUGGUCCCUGCUGGCUGCUUCAGCCUGCCUAAUUGUAAUGUACCAAAAUGCUAAGAGAUUGUCUUCUGAGUCGAAGAAGCAUCAGGCCUCCACAGUUACCCGGAAGUAUUUCCACUUUAUCAUAGUGGCUACUUAUAUACCAGGACUCAUAUUUGACCGACUCCUACUAUAUGUUGCGGCUGUGGUCUGCCUGGCUGUCUUUAUCUUCCUUGAGUAUAUUCGCUUCUUUCGAAUUAAGCCCCUGGGCCAGACUCUAAGGAACCUGCUUUCCCUCUUCCUUGAUGAAAGGGACAGUGGCCCCCUCAUCCUGACUCACAUUUACCUGCUGCUGGGCAUGUCUCUCCCUGUCUGGCUGUUCCCACGACCUUGUGCCCCAAAGGGUAGCCUGGGAGGGGUUGGGGCUCUGGUCCCUUAUGCAGGAGUGCUGGCUGUGGGGGUAGGUGACACCAUUGCUGCCAUUUUUGGCAGUACAGUGGGAGAGAUCCAUUGGCCAGGAACUCUAAAGACUUUUGAGGGGACAAUGACUUCCAUAUUUGCUCAAAUCAUUUCUGUGGCUUUGAUCUUAAUCUUUGAUAGUAGGGUGGACCUUAACUCCAGCUAUGCUUGGAUUUUGGGGUCUAUCAGCAUAGUCUCCCUCCUGGAAGCCUACACUACCCAAAUAGACAAUCUUAUUUUACCUCUCUACCUCCAGAUUCUGCUAAUGGCUUAGUCUUCAUGCAAAGAUCAUGAAGGGAGGAAGUGAGUUGAAGGGAAACAUAUGGCCUAUAGUCAGCAAUUAGCCAUUUGGGUGUGAUGGCUCGGCUGGUGAAAAGCUGAUUCACUUUCGAAGUGAAUUGAGAUUUAAAAUAAAAUCAAAGCUGCUCUUGCAUUUUAACUCUGUUGAUUUGAAAAUAAGGUAACAUUUCAGAUGAAGGAAUUGAAAGGAUAUACCAGUGAGCGUUUCCAGUGGAAGUGCACUACUUUUUUUAACGUUUGUUUUUUAUUUUUCUAAAUCACAUGGAAACACAUUCUUUGCAUCAAUGGGGCCCAUUCAGAGGGCUAGAGAAGUUUUUGUGAAAGAAAUAAAAAACCCAGCCUUGAAAAAUAGCUUCUCAUCUUAAAUAACGUAUACCUAAUAAUUUACAGAAUUGUGAAAACUGGAUUUUGCUUACUGGACUUCAUUUUGUAGAAGAAAAUAGUAGAGGGAGAAGCUUUUUGUAACCUUUAUGAGAAUGUUUUAACUGGGUAAAGGGGGAGAGGAGUGCAAAAGAAUGAAUGAAGAAAUAUUUGAGUUAAAUGGCAUUAAAUUUAUUUCUCCUAAGUGGGCCAUAGGGUGCAAUAUCAGAACCAGAUUAGUAUAGCUGGUUACUUGGAAAUUAGGAGCGCCUAGGGGUGGAAGUAGGUAGCAGAGGAACUAAGAGAAGAUAUAGAAUAGAUAUUGAGGGUCAAUUGUGGAGAAUGGGAAAAGCUGGAGAGUACUCUGUAGCAGAGGUCCAAAUGGCAGGGCCACAUGCAACCCACAAUACUCCUGAGUGCAGCCUAACCAGGUUAAAAUGUAAUUGGAAAAAAUUUAACAAAGUAAAUAAAAAUGCAAUAAAACA